CAGUCGUCUUUGACUUUCAACAUGGCUGCCUUCAGUCAACCUGUGUAGUGCUGAGCAGUGCAGUGUUCAGUCUUCGAGCCUUGGCGUAAUAUAAUUAUUUUCUCCAGAGAGCUCCGUAGACGCACAGGUUUGACCGGAUAUGUCGGAUAAGGAGGCCGGCAAAGGGAAGGAGAGCGGCGGGGAGAAAGGCUUCAGGACGCCCGGGCUGAGGGGAGCACAGACCACCACACUGUUCCGAGCUGUCAACCCAGAACUCUUCAUCAAACCUAAUAAACCAGUGAUGGCGUUUGGACUGGUGACCAUCACUUUGUGUGUGGGCUACCUGGGCUACAUGCACGCAAUGAAAGAAAACGACCAGCAGCUUUACGAGGCCGUCGACAGUGAAGGAGAAAGAUACAUGAGGAGGAAGACUUCCAAAUGGGACUGAGCAUGUGUUUAUGUACUCUAAGGACAGAGUGAAUUAAAACCUGACUGGACUGAAAAUAGGA